GGCCGGCAGUUUGGCACCAGCGCUCGAAGGGAGAGGGCGUGUUGCUCCGUACACUGGAAAGCGAUGUAACACGAGGAAGUUGUUUUAUAAAAUAAAAUAUAAAAUGUUAACGAUUAACAAGACAUUAGUGCAAAUUUAAACAAGGUUUUGUGAAAAUUUCAACGUAAUUUUUAUGUGAAUUUUAAUAGUGAUGUGCUUUGAAGUUAACGUUUUCGCGAUUUUUCUUUUAAUUGCUACUUUCGUUGGGAAAGUGAGAAAUGGAGGUCCAGAACACACCACACAGAAGGAAACGCGACCUGAAUAUAUCCAUCCGGACGGUCUGCUCAACUUCGACCCUUACCUCUCCGAUUUCAAGCCUGAGGUAGAGGAAGACGAUUACAUACCUCUCCCAGAAAACGACGAAACAAUCGACGGUCUACCGAUCUUCCUUCUAGAACCAAAGAACUCUUACGUAUUAAGAAGUAAGCCAGCGACGCUAUUAUGUAGAGCAGCGAAUGCUCUGCAGGUUUACUUCAAAUGUAAUGACGUAAGAGUUGAUAAGACAGUUCAGUUGGAGCACGUGGACCCUCAGAAUGGAGUACGUGUGGUGGAGGCGGAACUAAACGUGACGAGGAACGAAUUAGACGAAUACUUUGGUGGUCGGUACAGCUGUGAAUGCUACGCGUGGAAUAGUAGAGGCAGGAUAAGGAGUCAGGCGAACUAUAUUGAAUUUGCUUAUAUAAAGAAGCAAUUCGCGCAACAGCCGCAGUCUGCGACCGUGGAGGCAGGACGGCAAGUGAUGUUUCGUUGCGGGCCGCCGCCAGCUGCGCCGCCUGCUACCAUCAAGUGGACCAGGAAUGGUGUCACCAUAGAAGCUACGGACGAGACAUUAGUACUUCCUAAAGUCGGCUUACAAGAUAUAGCCAACUACAGCUGUAUAGCGGAGAAUAUCGCGGGGCGUCGCGAGUCGGAGGUGGCAGUACUGGCCGUGUACGUAAACGGUGGGUGGUCGGAGUGGUCGGCGUGGUCUCCAUGCCGGUGUGGGUCGGGCCGGCGUCGCAGCCGCACGUGCAGCGAGCCCGCGCCAGCCAACGGCGGUGCACACUGCCGCGGACAGGCUUCACAGGGGGAUGAAGAUUGUUCUAGAUGUCAAUCCAACAGUUGGUCAGCUUGGGGCGCGUGGUCGGCAUGCAGCGCGGAGUGCUCGAGGUGGAGGCGGCGGCAAUGCGCCGGCAGCUGCGCCGGGCCCGCCGCGCAGCACGCCGCCUGCCGCGACGGGCUUUGCGCUGCGGCCAUGCGUAUAUACAAGAACAACGUGACGCUGUAUGUGGGCAUCGGGAUAACAGUGGCGAUGUUGGCGGCGGGCGCGGCCGUGCUGUAUGUGUGGUGCAGAUACCGCGCCGCCAGGCCCGGCUACACCGCUGCGAGGACAGUGCACCCAGGUGUGCCCAAGUAUAGCGGCCGGGACAAGAGCAACGCCGCACCGGAUUUAACGAGGACGUGCAAUGAGUAUUGGAUGCAGAGGCCAGACAACCACUACGACAUGCCGCAGCUUAGAGACAGCUACGCGUCUCCAUUCGGCCACCGCAGCCGACAGCAGUCGUCAGUCGGCAGUAACCAUUACGAGAUGAAGCCUUACAGCCCCUCUGGUGACUCCGCAUCCAGUUGCUAUACCAACUCGCGGACUAUGACGUCACGCUCCAGUGAGUGUUCCUCCUCUCAGCUCGCGGAGCUCGUGACGUCAUCGCCGACCUCCCACUCCAAAGUGGACGUCGCGGUCACCCUGCCCACCAGCUCGCUCGAUACCAGUUAUAGAGAUAAGAUAUGCCUAACUAUUGUAAAGUAAUCGUUUUAAAUUAUGUGUUUUAAUUCUACACUCAGACGAUGAUUGUUUAAGUAACAAUUUAUUCACCCUGAGUGGUAAUUAAGUUACUUUUGGCAUUUAUUUGUGUUUAAGCGCGCUCAAAUAUUUGACUAAACUACCGCGAUUGUCGAUUGUUUCGCAGCUAAUUCAACUGUUUAGUUGCACAGCUAAAAAUCGUGAGUGCGCACCACCAUAGAAGCUCAUAGCAAUCACAACGCGACUAAACAGUUGUGCGACAGUUUAGUCAAAGGUGCGCGGGCGCUAUAAUUGGUGUAAUAUUUGUCUUGUAUUGUGUUAUACUUCAAUUGUUUUUGUAUUUUUGAUAGGAAAUUGAGAGUAACGAAGAAAAAAAAUGCAAUAAAAUCAUAACAUUCAUCCGCUUCAAAUUGCACGUCUAUUUUUAAAUGUGUAUUAAAAAAUAAAUGUUUUUUAAACUGUGUCACGUUUACGUUUUAAAAUCAUCCGCACGGCGCUAUUGAAAAGGUCUGAAUGAUUACGUUCGAAUUUAUGCAUUUUAUAAAAGAAAUUCUUUGCAUUUAUUUAUUUUAAAAAAUAUUGUAAAGUGAAAAUAAUUAAACGGUUUUUACCACAAAAUUGUCUAC